AUGUCUCUUCGGGCAGGUUACCAUUCUGGAAGAUCUCCAGGCGUGAGGGAAUAUCUUCAUUUCCAGAAUAAGAUUAAAGCGACAGUCACGAUAUCCGAUCGUGCUACAGAUCGGGGACUAUUCCCGCAGCUGGAUCACAGAAGAGAUAUCCUGGAUGGAAAAAUCGUCCGAGCGAUAAACGAUGAACUCUGGUAUCAGAGUAUUAACGCUAAGAUGGAAAGAUCAAUAAAGAGCAGCGAAAACAAAACUGGUCAAUCUCAUGACAUGAAGGCAAGGAGGUUAAGAUGGGCGGAGCAUGUGCCUCGGAGAAUUUCAUAA